AAUUAAUUCAUAUUUUGCUUCUGCAAUCCUUUUAUUCGCUGCGAGAUAAACGUCACUGUUCAAUCUUGCUCCACAUGCUAUCGUUGAAUUUGCAAAAUUGAACAUCGAGGCACGUGUCCCUGGGAAAGGCUUCAUGAUGGGAGUCACGUGUCCUCAGAAUCAUCCUUUAAAGACCCCAUCCACUGCUGCCAGCCACGUAUUGACUCCUCCCAUUACUGAACCCCAUCCCAAACUUGAGAUCGAAGGACAUCACCAUUAAUGCCUUCCUGUCCAAUUCUGCCUCGACAAUAGCGAACGUCCGACUGCCUGGCGUUUUCCAUAAGCCUGCCAUGCGACCGAUGAAGCGAAGCUCAGUGCUGGGGAUAUCAUUUGAGGCCACUGCACGAUGUUCCCCUUGAAACAACUCUUUCGACCAGCUCUAUGUGGGGAGUGAGGGCCGAGGGAGGCCUGUCGUGUCUGACAACAAGAGUGCGGCUAGCUUCGAUUUCAGAUAGAGGUUCGUCGCGAAAAACGCAUCCGUCAUUCGACCGGCUGAUUCCAGGAGUGCAGGCAAUCAAGCCCUCGCUAUUAGCUGUGAACCUCGACUCGACGUGUCAAGGACGUGUUGACGUCAGUUCACAGCAUCAGGGGUCCAGUGCACUGCCUUCCCCGAGACACGAUAUAAACAGACUCAUGUUCUUGGCAACGGGUUGGACAUCUUCAAUCUCUCACCAAAACGAUGAACUCUGCCCAGAUGCAAGACCGCGCCAUGGGAGCCAUCUUUGGUUCUGCAUUGGGAGAUGCUAUCGGGAUAUACACCGAAUUCAUGACACCAGCCAUGGCAGUCGCUGCAUACGGCUCUGAACGGCCUGCUUUCACCCUCGUGGAGCCAGAAACACCACUGCAUCAAGACAGCCAUAGAUGUCGAUUCGAAAGCGCAAGUCCGGGCAGAUGGGCGAGGGCAAACGACUGAUCAGCAGCACAGCGCGCGUGGACGGAUGAUACGGACCACGCGAUACUCAUCAUCCUGUCGUAUCUGCGCACUCGCGAGCUCGCUCCUGGGGACUUUGCGACAAGACUGCACUCGUGGUGCAACCAAGGCCUGCGUGUGCUGAACCGGCUUCCCAUGGGUCUCGGACGCACCGUCGGAAGCGUCGUUCACGCGCCCUCUUUCCUCUCCGACCCAGUGGGCACAGCGCUCUCGCACUGGGAAAAGUCGGGCCGCAGCGUCGCCCCCAACGGAUCGCUCAUGCGCACCGCGCCGGUUGGCGUCAUCUGCAUUAACGCGUCCGAGCCGGAGACAUUCGCCACAGCGAUACGGAUGGGCGAGGUCACCCAUGCCGAUCCUCGCUGCGCUGUCUCCGUCGCCAUCGUUUGCGGACUCAUCCGUGGCCUCUGCCGUGGCGAGAUAACGGCACUGGAGCACAUCGACCAGCUCAUCGAGCGGGCGUGGACCCACGUCUCUGCGAUCUUCGUCGAUCCCCUGGACCGCACCGAGUUUGACCGAUACGUGUACUACCCUUCGGAUCCUACUUCCUCGCUGUCCGGCAUGGUGCUGUGCGACCGGACGAUGGGAUACGUGUACAAAUGCCUCGGUUCCGCGCUGUGGUGUCUGCGGCGCGUGAUGACGCGGCAGGACACAUUCCGCUCGGCGAUGACAACGCUCGUCAUGCACGGCGGGGAUGCGGACACCAAUGGUGCCGUUGCGGGCGCGCUGAUGGGCGCGCUGUGCGGCUACGCGUAUUUGCCACUGGAAUGGAGGGACGGCAUGCGCCACGGCGAGUGGUACCGCGGGAAGAUCGACGCGUUUUUCGUCGUGGCGGGGAUAAAGGACGGCAGCUACGAGUCGUCGGCGGACAGAGACACGGAGAUGGACGGCGGGCAGGGUGUGCUGAGUGAGGCGGAGAUGAAGCAACGGGAGAUGGAGAUCAUGGAGAGGAUCUUGUUGGCCGAUGCGGAGCGCAGACAGGCCGUCAACCGCAAGGUGCAACGCAGCAAGAAGUCGAGAUGGAUGUCUUGGUUGUCGAGCUGAACUCAGUCAAGCCUCUUGAUGAUAGGCAUCCUCGCUAUUCCGGGCUUGGAGUGUACAAGUCUAAUUCCGGUCUGAAUGGAGACAACUCUGCCGCUGCCGAGGAGGAGUGGAUAGGGCCAGUUGUGACCUGAAACCAUGUGGUGUGACUGAUGGCUUCAAGCUCAGACUCGGAGGACCAACUUUCCAAUCAACAGUCCUGUAACCUACGUUUCGCCAGCGAAGCGAUGAGUCAUCCGAAUGUGCUCUAAACCUCCUACCCAUAAUCGGGGUUCCCAUCGUCCUCCACUGGGGCAUCCAUCCGAGGUUAUCUCGAUUGUCACAAACUCGAUUGUGUUGCACCUGCGCUUAGUUUCCCCUCUCCUUUGGAGUCAAAAUCGCUGAUGAGACAGCGUAUGGCGCCUAGGCACGGCGGCGUUCGUCGUACGACAUGACUCGCCAGUAGGGGGGCAUAAGGAUGGGGAGAAUGCGCGACUAUACGUACAUAUUAGCGAUUUCUUGACGCAUAUCGGACAGCGGGUUGGUUCCGAGCGAGAUGAGAUCUGGUCAUGGAUACGAUCGGGACGCACGAAGGUCAACGAGAGUCGGACUAGGCUGGGUGUUUGGGUCACUGCCGUCCACUAGGCAGCAAGCUUGCGAGUAUAAAUAUACACUCGCAGCGAGAUAGGGAGAGGGGCUGUGCCGAGAAGUGGCUAUGACUUUCUAGCAUGACAGCAUGGACAGCGCCAUAUUGCCCAAUACCUCGCGCUCAUCUCGCAAGAAUGUUUAUAAGCCUGAUCGCUUCGCGCUCGCUUUCGUCCACUUUCCUCGAAGAUGACUUUUGAGACGAUCCCUCUCAACGACGGCAAGGAGAUACCGGCCAUCGCUUUCGGCACGGGCAGCGUGUACAAGUUCACGGACGUGACGCGUCUCGUCGCGCAGGCCCUCGAGUCGGGCUUCUGGCAUGUGGACACCGCUCAGUACUACGGCACCGAAGAGUUCGUCGGUGAUGUUAUCCGAGAGAGCGGCCUGGCACGGUCUGAGCUGUACAUCACCACCAAGUACAGCUGGCUGGGGAACGUCGCGGACGCGCUUCCACAAAGUCUUCAGAACCUGGGCCUGAAGUUCGUCGACUUGUAUCUGAUCCAUUCCCCGCGCCCCGGGUAUGAGGAGGUAUGGAAGACGGUGGAAUCGUUCCAGAAGCAGGGAUUCACCAAGAGCAUCGGCGUGAGCAACUUCCACCUGGAACAGCUCCAGAAUCUGCUGCAAACCGCGACUGUCUGGCCCGCCGUGAACCAAAUCGAGCUACAUCCGUACACGUACGCCGACUACAAGGAUACGAUCGAUUGGGCCCAGGAGCACGGGAUCGUCAUCGAAGCGUUCAGCAGUCUGAGCCCGAUCACCAAGUACCCUGGGGGGCCCGUCGACGUGCCCGUUGCGGCGGCGGCUGCCCGGUUGGGAAUCACGCCGACCCAGGUUCUGCUGUCGUGGGUGCGCGCCAAGGGUGCCGUCAUCGUCACGACGACGUCCAAGAAGGAGCGACUGCGGGAGUACCUUGCCGUCGGAGACCUACCGCCUUUGUCCGAUGAAGAUGUCGCCGCGAUCGACGCGGCGGGUGCGAAGGGUCCGCCGAGUAGCAUGCGCCUGCGGCUGAAGCGGAUGUCGCGGUCACGACAUUUCCGGGUGCUCGUUGCAGUGCUGCAGGUCGCGUUGUUCGUAUGGAUGUCGCUUUAUGUCGUACAUCGGUUCUUCCUGUGAACCGAAGCGGGCGUGCUUUCUAGUUUGACGUGUUGACUGGUUCGGCGAUCUGUGCGAACGAUCGGAGCCAUGCUUGUACAACCUCGUCUGACUGCACAUUGGCUAGCUUUGAAUCGCAUUGACCGAAUAGCUGGAGUUUUUAACACUUGAUCAACAACUCCUAGGCCGCUGAAGCUUGUGUCCCUACGCAAAUGCUCAACCAGUAUUGCCCUCUAACCUAUGUGUACUCUAUUUUGGAAGGGACAAAUCUUGAAAUUUGCCACUGCAGAAUGAAUACUGAAUCAGCUGAGAUGUGUGAAUCAAGA